AUGGUGUCGGGAGAGAAAAAGGCCUCGACCGAGGACAGGAAACGACGAUCGGCGACGCACCCGCCUAAGACCAUUAGGGAACGCUUCCUCCACUCGCUGCCGUUCUACACGGGUCCCUAUGGCGUGGGGUUCCUCGAGAUCGAGGCGCCCGUCAGCCAGCCGCGUGUGGUUUCCGACCUCAGGCGCGACAACGUGCCGCUGCUCAGGCUCGACACCGUCUUGUUCGCCGUCUACUACCCGUGCGCCCUCAAGACCAAGACGGACGACCACGCUGCCCCCGAGCACGACUGCAAGGGGAAGGAAGGCGGGAACAGGAACAAGUCUCAGCCCUCGCGGGUCGGAUGGCUCCCGCGCCCGCGCGUCCUCACCUGCAAGGGCUACGCCAAGUUCUUCAGCGUCCCGAACCUGCCGGUGACGGCCUAUAUCGCUGCCACUUCCAUGUUUACCAAGCUCCCGGCGUUGCGUAAUGCCAAGCUCGCAGGACACUGGCCGGAAGAAAUGCUGGGCGACGAGGGGCCCACUGGACGGACGGCACGGAACGAGGAGUCGAGCUCCGGCACGAGCCCGACGUUCCCCGUCAUCAUCUUCAGCCACGGUCUUGGGGGCUCCAGGAUGAGCUACAGCUCCAUCUGCGGCGAGCUGGCGAGCUACGGUUUCGUCGUCGUGGCGGUGGAGCACCGGGACGGGAGCGGCGCCAGAACCUAUGUUAACCUGCCCGAGAAUCGCGAGGUGUCCGACAGCGAUUCGUCGGCGGCUCAGGCGUACGUCAAGAGCUUCAGCGCCCAGAAAAUCAAGAACAGGAAAAAGGGCAAGCAGAGCGAUCGGCACUACUGCGUUGACUAUCUCUUCCCCAAGGACAACGCCCAGGAUACGGCGCCCCACAACGCCCGUGGCGUCGACACGGAAUUGAGAACGGCCCAGAUCGAGAUGAGAAUGGCGGAGAUGGAGGAGGCCUACCGCAUUCUCGGGCGCAUCAAUAGCGGCCGGGGGCACGAGGUGGAAGCUACAAAUUUGAGGAGGAAGGGCAACGUCGCCUCCAGCUCCCAGGGCCUCACGGGGAUCAUGUGGGAGGACUGGAAGGGCAGGAUGUUUCUCGACAACGUGACCGUCAUGGGCCAUUCGUUCGGCGGGGCAACGACGGUCGAAACCCUGCGAACGGAAUCGUUCGCCUGGGUCGGCCAGGGCAUCAUCCUCGACGCUUGGGGCCCUGCCACGCCUCGGGCCGGAGACGACGCCCGACACCGCGUCAGAAAACCACUAUUGUCGAUCGGAUCCGAAGCCUUUAUGCACUGGCAGGACAACUUUGAUAGGCUCGUCGACAUCUGCAACGAGGCGAGGGCGGAGGACGCGCCCGCCUGGAUGAUGACUAUUCGUGGAUCGACGCAUCUCUCGCAGACCGACUUCGCCAUCCUGUAUUCGACAUGGACAGACUUGUUGAUGAAGACGCUGGUCAAUCCCCUUAGGGCCAUCUACCUCACGAUCUCGCCUUCGCUCGAGUUCCUCAAGAUGAUGUUGCCGCCGGAGCAGACAAAGUACAACACGUGGGCCGACGAAAAGAUUCUCAAAACGGCCAAGUCGCCUUCAGAACCGCUCGCCGUAGUGACGCACGAUCACCGCCCUGACGAUCGAUGGAUCGCCGUCCGUCUCAGAGUGGACAACGAGGCUACCCUAAGGGCGAAGGGCUGGCUCCGGCACACGCGCCGAGUAUUGCUCAGGAAGGGGGAAGGAUCAGGCAUGCCGCCGUCGGAGCUGAUCAACUGGGGCGAGGGCAACGAGGUUUGGAUGCAUGUGAGCCCGGCCCGUGAGUCCGGCCCGUGA